AUGCCGCAGAUUUUGCUCAAUAGUUUACAGAAUAUUUGGAUCUUUUGUUCGACUGAGACACCAGCGAUCAGCACUAUUAAAAGCAGCGCGUCUUUUAUAGCUCAGAAGAACCCACUAAAUGAUUCUUGCUACACAAACCCACCAAAUGAUUCUUAUUACAAAAAAGAUAAUAAUCACUUGAAGAAGUUUUGGGCGAACUAUGAGCCACGAUUACCGUCACACUCUUCAAUGAAAUAUCUCCAUGUUUAUCUUCGAAAUAAUAUGAAAUUCUCUGGGCGUCCUUCUGUAUUAACCGACAACAAUGGGUAUAAGUGCUAUAAUGAUAUUGACAAGGCUAAGGCGUUGGGAGAUUAUUUUGCUAGCUUGCACGAAACAGGUCUGAGUGAUAUCUACUUUCGUCCUUAUGAUAUUUAUAGGGUACUAAAACAUCUUAAACCCUCCAAUACAGAACCGUACGAUGGAUUCCUCCUAUCGUUUUUAAGAAUUACAUGUAUCCCCAAAGCUCCAGGUGCACAAUCGCUGUCUGAAUUUCGUCCAAUAAGUCUAACUUCAACUCCGAUCAAAGCAAUGGAAAAAAUCGUCAGAGAAAUAAGAUGUUGCGUUUCAACUGCAACAAACCUAGUUGAUACCCUAUUUGACUGGAACAUAGCAAUUCAUCAGAGAAAAUCAAUCGAUAAGCCAUCAAACUGUCUCAAAACGUCAAAUUACAAAUUUAUGCAGAUGACAUCAAGCUAUGGGAUGUACAAUGAUGACUAUAGCGAUGAUGUAUUUAAAAUUCUGAAAACUUCUUUCCAGUAUUUGAAUGAUUGGGAUUGCUAA